AUGGGAAACAGCCCAGUUCCAUCAUCUGUAUCACCAAUACCAACAUCGGGGAGUGGAUAUAACAAUGUUAAUUAUUCAAGUUCAAAUACGUCGUCGAUUGGAGGAAGAGUCUCUCCAAUCAUGACCACAUCAUCAACUUCAUCACAGCAACAACCUCAAGCUCAACUCUAUUGUGAUUUCAUUCCGGGUGAUGAAGUCAAGGUGAAACGACUGCAAUAUAGCAAUAUGGCAUUUCCGUUAGGCACAUCACCAAACUUUCUCGUGAAUUCAACAACAAAUCCUUCCUAUCCUCAAACGAGUUCCUCUUCUGUGCCAAACACUCAAUACCAUUUGAAUUAUCAACAACAAGCCUAUUCCAACAUUGGAGGCCCAAAUACUGUUGGAAAUUAUAGCUACGGAAAUAAUGGUUAUUACGACAAUAAUAACAACAAUAGCUAUGGCAACAACAACAACAGUAUUGGAACAGCAACAACAACCACAUAUAAUAAUACUAAUGUAAAUAACGCAAUUACAACAACAACCACAAAUAAUAAUCAGAAGAAACCUCUUUCUCCCCUGCAAGAGGAGCACAUGUAUCCGUCAUUUACCGAGAAUGAACUGCACUCUCCCCCUCCAAUUCUUCCAUCCAAUUCCUAUAAUCCACCCUUGCAUUCACAUUAUUCAUCGACACCAUCUUACACUACUAUCCAUCAUUACAACAACCCAUCAUCAACCACAACAACAACCAAUAAUUCUUCUCGGAAUACAUCCAAUCCAUCAUCACAUCCUCAUGGUGCUGCAGCCAAAAAUCCUUCGUUAAAGAUUGCAACCGCAAGCAAGACCAAAAUGGUGGAUGAUUUUGUGUUGAUUGAUCCUGCGAGUCCUCUUGUAACACCUCCAACGACCGUUUCUGUAAUUCCAACAAGUAGUAAUAGUCCUUACUGUGUACAGCAACCUCAACCACAGCAACAACCACAGCUGUCCAACAGCAAUAGCUCCUCAUAUCUCAACAAUCAACCUCAAUAUAAUUCCCUUUAUAAUUCCAAUAAUAAUUCGUUAUUGAACCCAUCCUCAAUAAGGUAUGACAUAACGGUUAAUCCUGUACAGGCAUCAAAUUUGAGAGGUACACAUUGGAAUUCUUCGUAUCAUCAGCAUCAACAACCAUUGUCAUCACACAAUACAAAUAAUGGUAGUAGUAGUGCUGGAGUAUUGCUUACAAAUACCUCAACAACAGGUCAAGUAAAAGGUAGUUAUUUGGGUCAACCAGGAAGAACGCCUGUCACAGGUCAAGAACAUCCUCAAUUUGUGAUGCCUCCCCCACCAUUCCCCAUCAACGACCUAAAUAGUUAUCAAAAACACUCAUUUCCAACCACACAAUAUUCAUAUAGUCAAAUGGCUUUCUUUUAUCCAUAUUUAUAUGACGACAAUUUCUAUAAUUCAGUUCAUAUUGUAAAAUCAGUGAAAGUGAGACUUGUACCUGCAAAUGAUCAGCAACAAUUAUUACAGCCUCCCUCAACAAAUUAUUAUGGUGUUGGACAACAAUCCAGUAACAUGUACACGUCACAAAAUUCAACAAAAUUAACGGUACCACCAAACCCUAAUGUAGUUCCAUCAACUCCUCAAUUGAUAUCUGUUGUAGAAAUUACACUCGAGGAUGACCCAUAUCAGUUAAUUUUCUCGGCGAACGAUUUGGAACAAAUACCAAACGAAAAGCAUCACCAGAGAAGAAUUGAAUAUAGAAUUAUUGAGAGAUAUGUAUCGUUGUGUAGACAAACACAAUCCUAUGUUCCAACAUCAUCCUCUACAACUCCAUUCCCCGUUAUUGAUCCAGUGCCAUAUAUAUUAGAUCUCUACACGGAGCAUAUUAAAAAAGGAAUUGCAUUGGUACGACUGGACUUGGUUUCUCUCGGCCUUGGUGAUGAAGAUGUUAAAUGUAUUGCAUGGACAUUAUUGCCACCAUGGUCAGUUGGGUCAUCAGUGCGAAGAUUGAAUCUAAGCGGAAAUAAGAUCACUUCAAAAGGAGCUCAAUACAUUUCGAACGCAUUUAUGAACUCGGCACCUCAAUUACAAUCAAAGAAAAUGUCGAAUAGUGCCUUCGCUGUCAAAGAACUGGAUUUAAGUUUCAACAAGGACAUUGGAUUUAUCGGUGCUCAAUUUUUAGCUGGCAUGUUAAUACGUAACACAUCACUUACAUAUAUUAAUCUUGCACAGACAGGUAUCACACCUCAAGGAUGUGAUUUGAUUCUUAAUGCCCUCAUUCAAAACAACGAAAGUUCCAUUAUCAAAUUGGAUCUCAGACAUGACAUGGUGGGAGAAGAGCAAAUUAAGAAAAUGUGCAAGCUUGCAGAAAUUCGCAAGUCCGUAUGCUUUUUGGAAUUUUAUCCUUAUAAAGAAAUUACAAACGGAAAUGCCAACGAAGGAACAAAUGAAGAAGGUUGGCUGUCGUACGACGGAUGGGUCAAGCAUGCAAUGCUAAGAGAGUUACUUGAAAAGAAUAUCGAAUAUAUGAAAGAUCAUCCUAGCAAAUUACAAAAGAAGGCUGCUAUGAGCAUUAAUAAGACGCCGUCUGCAUCACCAGCCUCUGUCGAUAGUAAUUUGGACACCCUUAAUUCAAUGAUAAACUCUAUUUUCACAACAAUAUCAGGCACAAGUAGCAGUUCAACAUCCAGCAAAGAAAAGGAACUUACCAACGAUACGGAGUUAUCAUUUGAUAAUGAUAUUUUCAGUUUGAGCAUGAGCUCAUCUUUGAAAACUGAGAAUGUGGUCAAUUAUCUCAAGUUAAGCGGAGAGGAUGAUAUUGAUUCAACACCCCCAACAUCAUACUUUGACGAUUCCUCAAUUAUAACUUGCGCCAUUUGUUAUGAAGACAAAAAGCCAACAGAUGGAACUGUAUUUUUCAUGGAGGAGUGUGAACAUAAGUUUUGUAGCGCAUGUAUUUUUGAGUAUGUCAAAGACAAAAUCGAGAAGGGCGAAGUGGACAGUAUUCAAUGUCCAGAAUGCAAUAGAAGUUUAUCGGUUAUGGAAGUCAAACAAAUUUUGAAUCAAGGAAAGUUGAACAAAAUUUCACAAGAUGGUACCUCUCAUAUUGAAGACGAUGAUUUGUUUGCCAAGUAUGAAGAGUUUUCUCUCAAGAGAGCACUUGGAGGAAUGAAGGAUUUGUUGUGGUGCCCUAAUCCUAAAUGUGGAAAUGCAAUUAUCGUUGAAUUUAAUCAACCAACGCCCUUGCUCGGAAUUUCAUCACCCAUGUCUCCGAAGAUUUUAGCUCACAAGCACUUACCUUUGCAAGAGAUUCCAACUGGAGGUGAGCCAUCAUCUGUGUCAACAACUGCCAGCACUCAACCACAGUCUUCUCAAACGACAGGAGGUGAGCAGUCAUUAUUAAGCCCAAUUCCAAGCUUUAGAAAAAGAAUGCCAUCUGUUAAAGUGCAUUGUUCUCAUUGUGGUUGGGACUUUUGCUCCAAAUGUGUACAAAAGUUUCAUCCAGGUCUGACUUGUGAGGAAAAUGACGCAAGAAACAAAUCUAAACAAGACGAACAAUUUAAAGAAUGGAUGAAAGAUCAAGGAGCUAAAGUAUGUCCAACCUGCGGUGCUGUCAUCCAAAAAACACGAGGUUGCAAUUCAAUGCAAUGCAGCCAAUGCAAUACCAAGUUUUGUUACUAUUGCGGAAAAGCUUUUGAGAGUUCUGAACGAGAGCAUUACAAAAAUUGUUACAAAUGGAGUCUAUUUGGAUUCAAUUUAUAA